AUGAACGGUACUCCCCGCCUCCCGUCUGCCUUUCCUCAGACGCCCCAGACAAUCCCAAGAAGACGGAAGUUGUUCGAAACUCCCUCGCGAUCCCAGCCUCGCGACGUCCGAGAUGCUGCCAAGUCACCCGCAAAGUCACCCUCCAAGGCGCCAAAGCCAUCCUCGAACGCGAAAACGCCGUUGAUCCCUGUCGAUUUAAUCGAUGCGCCCUCCCAGCGACUGUACGUGGUGGCCUUUUACCUCGUCUUGAACGCCUGGCGAGUAUACGAAUCCUGGACUGCCGCCGAUGACUUGGAUUCUACUUGGCUGUUUCUGAAGUGGGUGUCAGUCGAUGGCGUCUUCUUGUUCGGUCUCCAGGCUUUGCGUAUACCAUGGCUGGAGUGGGCCUUUCCAACUACCCUGACGCUGUUCUUAUUGCAUGUGGUGGGCAACAUCUUUUUGAUGUUCCGCAUCCCGAUUCCGUUGGGCGCAUGGAUUUCGGGCAUGGUCAAGGUGGCUUACGAUCGCGAGUUGUCAAUCUCCGAGCGUAAAGUCAAACCCGGGGACAUUAUUCACAAUGCGUCGUUGAUCCUAGGCAAACAAAUCGUACACAUUUUGCCAGAAGGAUCUGCCGUUCUUAACCCGGAACGAGAGCCGCUUUGCCUUGACUCCCAAAGGAGCACAGUGAAUUUGCCCAUCCGGGUCAACCAGACAGAUCCGAUCUUGAUCGAGAUGUUGCGUCUCGAUCUGGGCACGGGUGAAAAUGAAACGAUGACGAUUCAGUCGAAGCAGUUGAAACAAAUGAAACGCCAGGCAGACAAAAGACACGGGAAUCUGGAGCCUGUAUCCCAUCGGGAUCUGUUCCUUCCCGUUCGAAAGACUGGUAUUUAUCGUCUUCAACGGGUGGUGGAUGAGUCACAACUGGAUGUGCACACGAGAAUUUCCGACGCGCUCGUGGUCUCUUGCCCGCGUGCGCUGAUCAAGAACUCACAUACUAACAAAUGCAAAGGCGACUUGUCCAACCUGGUUCUCGAAGUCGAAGGCACGCCCCCUUUGAAGAUCAAGUACAGUCGUCAGUUAAACCAUCUCGAUCGGGGGUUUUCCUUCCAAAACAUUCAGCCGGACAACCUGCGCUCCCCAUUGUUGAACCAGAAGGCUAGCGGUGCUCUUUUCAGCAUCAAGCAGCCGGAUAUCUCGUGGGCCAAGAGCCAAAAGAUCGAUAUCCCACUAAAUGAAUCGUUAAAUGUCGGUGGCGAAUGGUUUUAUACUAUUGAAGAAGUACAUGAUGCUUGCGGCAACGUCGCCAAUUACUCCACUAUCUUCGACGACGCAGAUCGGCCAUCGACGAAGUCACAGUCUCAAUGGCACCAGUUCUCUGUCCAUGAACGCCCGCGUGUGUCUUUCCUGGGGUGCAAUGACCAGCGUCCGUUAGAAGUCGCCCGGGGAGACAGUGUCAAUCUACCCAUCAAUUUCCAAUCUGUCGGGAACGGGUACAGUGGUGACACGCCAUUCUCUGUUGUAUACUCGUUCAGUGGCAGUGAAGCUGCGCAGAAGGAUGCGGCUCCGAGAGAUAGUCGGGUUCUGGUUCUGAAAUCGGUUGAUCAAAGGUCACCCAUCAAGGAGCCAGGUUGGUAUUCUUUGACAUCUGUCGCCAGUCAAUAUUGCCCCGGUGAAGUCCUCGAGCCUUCUUCCUGCUACCUCCACAACCCUCCCGAGCCGGAAUUGGCUGUGAAGUCCGAGAAGAUCUUCGACCGCUGCGCCAACAACGCUGUUGGCUUGCUUGUGGAUUUGGAUCUCACAGGAUCGCCACCGUUCCGUCUUCGCUAUAGCAUCGAGCACUCAAAGGGAGCCGUGACAAAAACCCAGAAGAUUGACGGAUUGCGUACGCAGCUCGACCUCACCCCGUCAGAGGCAGGCUUUUACCGGUACCGUUUCCUGGACAUUGAAGAUGCUGUUUACCCGCCGCGGUCCCUCAAGGAUAGAAUCCCGGUCCUGGAACAAGAUGUGAAGCCACCGGCGUCGGCUCAUUUCCUUGGCCCUAGGGAGGUGCGCAAGACCUGUUUCGGUGAAGCGGUCUCUGUAGACGUGUCCUUCCUGGGAGAAGCUCCUUGGACCCUGCAAUAUGAACUCGUCCAUAACGGCAAGAGAUCCAAGCAGAUACUGGAGUCCGAAGCCGAAGUGGCGACUAUCACCACCGACAAACUCCUCAGCGGGGGCGAAUAUACCCUCUCCUUGACUAAUGUCAAGGACAAGUCAAACUGCAAACGAAAUUUGAAAGAAAGCGUCAAGAUUGAUGCUCGAUCCAAACCGCCUCACGUCGCUUUCGGCCAAAUCGACAAGAAGAGGAGUAUUUCGGCUUUGCAAGGCGCCAGGGUCGACAUUCCGUUGAGGUUAAGUGGCGAGCGACCGUGGACAGUGAAAUACCGGAACGUCGACGUCAAUCCUUCGCUCAUUGAGAAAAUCUUCUGGGAAGAGAACAGCGUCUUGUCCGUCGAUAGGCAAGGUCUCUACGAGCUCUCCGAGGUAUUUGACAGCUCCUGUCCAGGAUCCGUUGACCAGUCCGCCCGGGAAUUCGAGGUAUCAUGGAUCCCCCGGCCUCACAUCACUGCGGUGGACGGCUCUCCCAUUGGGACAGCCGGCCAGGUUGUGAAGCCAGAGGUAUGUCAGGGCGACGAUGACACUCUCGAGCUUCGGCUCUCUGGAAAUCCACCGUACAGUCUCCAGUACGAACAACGACGGAAGACGACCCGUGGGCAAUCUUCGGCCCGGUCACGAAACCUGCGAACCGCUCUUCACGUGGCGUCCAUGGAAAUGGAUACUUCUGAGCCUGGCCAAUACACGUACAAGUUCUCUGAGGUUGGCGACAACCUUUACGACCAUGACCCGAAGAGUAGCCCGCUGGUGGUGACGCAGCAGGUGAACUCGCUUCCGUCUGCUAAAUUUGAUUCUCCCGGGCACAUCUAUGGUUUCUGCAAGGAGGACAUCAGCGGCGAGGAAUCCAUCCCAGUUACGCUGGAGGGCACUCCACCGUUCUCAUUGGAGAUCACGAUCAAGCACCACUCCAACGCCAAACCGGAGAUUGUCACGAUUUCGAAAAUCAAUUCCAACCGACACAACCUGGCCAUCCCUCGACGUCAUCUCGAUCUGGGUCAACAUGUGGUCAGCAUCCACAAGGUCCGUGAUGCACGGGGGUGUCAAAGGACCACCGAGUACGAUGCAUCCUCAGUGCGGGUGGCUGUUUCCGACGUUCCCACCAUCAUUCCGCUGGAAUCCAAGGUCGACUACUGCGUGGGCGAACGGCUUUCAUUCUCGCUUUCAGGCCAUGCUCCGUUCGAUGUAUUUUAUAGCUUUAACGGCGCCCAACGAAAAGCCACUUCCCAGAACACGAACUUCCGGCGGAUUGCCGAACGGCCGGGCGAAUUCUCCAUCACCGCAGUUAGCGACGGGGCCAGUGGCAAAUGCAAAGCACACAAGGACAUUACCAAGGUGAUCCAUGAGAUGCCCAGUGUUCGAAUCAGCAAGGGUCAGGUCUCGGUGGUGGACAUCCAUGAAGGUGGAGAAGCCGAGCUUCAGUUCGAGUUUUGGGGCACGCCGCCCUUUGAAUUCACAUACAUUCGAAGUUCCAAUGCACGCAAGGGGAAGAAACCCGAGGUGUUGGAUAUCAAGCAUGACAUUUCCUACGAGCAUCGCAAGUCCGUCAAAACCUCGGACGAGGGCACGUACGAGGUUGUGGCGAUCAAGGACAAGUUCUGUUCGUUCUCCUCGCAAGUGCCGACGGGCAAGUCCGACAGGGCAGCCGGGUCGUGA